AUGCAGAAGCCCAGCGGCCUGAAGCCCCCCGGCCGCGGGGGGAAGCACUCAAGCCCCAUGGGUCGGACGUCCACAGGGUCAACCUCGGCCUCCACCACCGUGGCGGCCACUGGCUCUAAGGAAGGCUCUCCCCUGCACAAGCAGGCUUCGGGCCCUCCGGCCGCGGCCCCUGCCGCCCCCGAGAAGCCCGGCGCCAAAGCUGCCGAGGUGGGCGACGAGUUCGCUGGGGACUUCGUGGUGGGCGAGCGCGUGUGGGUGAACGGCGUGAAGCCGGGCGUGGUGCAGUACCUGGGGGAGACGCAGUUCGCGCCCGGCCAAUGGGCGGGCGUGGUGCUGGACGAGCCGGUGGGCAAGAACGACGGUGCGGUGGGCGGCGUGCGCUACUUCGAGUGCCCGGCCCUGCAGGGCAUCUUCACGCGGCCCUCCAAGCUCACGCGGCAGCCCGCGGCCGAGGGCUCGGGCAGCGACGCCCACUCGGUCGAGUCGCUGACCGCCCAGAACCUGUCGCUACACUCGGGCACUGCCACGCCGCCGCUCACCAGCCGCGUCAUCCCCCUGCGGGAGAGCGUCCUCAACAGCUCGGUCAAGACCGGCAACGAGUCGGGCUCCAACCUCUCGGACAGCGGCUCCGUGAAGCGCGGUGACAAGGACCUGCGCCUGGGAGACCGUGUGCUGGUUGGCGGGACGAAGACUGGCGUGGUGCGGUAUGUGGGGGAGACGGACUUUGCCAAGGGCGAGUGGUGUGGCGUGGAACUGGACGAGCCGCUUGGAAAGAACGAUGGGGCAGUGGCGGGCACCAGGUACUUCCAGUGCCCACCCAAGUUUGGUCUCUUCGCGCCCAUCCACAAGGUGAUCCGUAUCGGCUUCCCGUCCACCAGCCCGGCCAAGGCCAAGAAGACCAAGCGCAUGGCCAUGGGUGUGUCGGCGCUGACCCACAGUCCCAGCAGCUCCUCCAUCAGCUCUGUCAGCUCUGUGGCCUCUUCCGUGGGUGGCCGGCCCAGCCGCAGUGGCCUGCUCACCGAGACCUCCUCGCGCUACGCCCGCAAGAUCUCGGGCACCACGGCCUUGCAGGAGGCGCUGAAGGAGAAGCAGCAGCACAUAGAACAGCUGCUGGCUGAACGGGACCUGGAGCGGGCCGAGGUGGCCAAGGCCACGAGCCACAUCUGCGAGGUGGAGAAGGAGAUCGCCCUGCUCAAGGCACAGCACGAGCAGUAUGUUGCAGAGGCAGAAGAAAAGCUGCAGCGGGCCCGGCUCCUGGUGGAGAGCGUGCGGAAAGAGAAGGUGGACCUGUCCAACCAGCUGGAGGAGGAGAGGAGGAAGGUGGAGGACCUGCAGUUCCGAGUGGAAGAGGAGUCCAUCACCAAGGGCGACCUGGAGACCCAGACGCAGCUGGAGCACGCGCGCAUCGGGGAGCUGGAGCAAAACCUGCUACUGGAGAAGGCGCAGGCCGAGCGGCUGCUCCGAGAACUAGCCGACAACCGGCUGACCACGGUGGCCGAGAAGUCGCGGGUGCUGCAGCUGGAGGAGGAGCUGAGCCUGCGUCGCGAGGAGAUCGAGGAGCUGCAGCAGUGCCUGCUCCACUCCGGCCCGCCGCCCGCCGACCACCCCGAGGCCGCCGAGACCCUGCGGCUGCGGGAGCGGCUGCUGUCGGCCAGCAAGGAGCGCCAGCGGGAGAGCGGCCUGCUGCGGGACAAGUACGAGAAGGCACUGAGGGCCUACCAGGCGGAGGUGGACAAGCUGCGGGCGGCCAACGAGAAGUACGCGCAGGAGGUGGUGGACCUGAAGGCCAAGGUCCAACAGGCCACCAGCGAGAACAUGGGCCUCAUGGACAACUGGAAGUCCAAGCUGGACUCGCUGGCCUCGGACCACCAGAAGUCCCUGGAGGAUCUCAAGGCCACCCUGAACUCGGGCCCCGGCGCCCAGCAGAAGGAGAUCGGGGAGCUGAAGGCUGUGAUGGAGGGCAUCAAGAUGGAGCACCAGCUGGAGCUGGGCAACCUGAGGGCCAAGCACGACAUCGAGACGGCCGUGCACGUGAAGGAGAAGGAGGGCCUGCGGCAGAAGCUGCAGGAGGCCCAGGAGGAGCUGGCCGCCCUGCAGCAGCACUGGCGUGCCCAGCUGGAGGUGCAGGCCGGCCAGCACCGGCUGGAGCUGCAGGAGGCCCAGGACCAGUGCCGCGACGCUGAGCUGCGCGUGCGCGAGCUGGAGAAGCUGGACGUGGAGUACCAGGGCCAGGCGCAGGCCAUCGAGUUCCUCAAGGAGCAGAUCUCCCUGGCCGAGAAGAAGAUGCUGGACUAUGAGCUGCUGCAGCGCUCCGAGGCCCAGAGCAAGCAGGAGGCCGAGAGGCUGCGGGAGAAGCUUCUGGUCACCGAAAACAGACUCCAGGCCGUAGAGUCCCUGUGUUCGGCCCAGCACACCCACAUGAUUGAAUCCAACGACAUUUCAGGGGAGAAGAUCAGGAUGAAGGAGACUGUGGAGGGCCUGCAGGACAAGCUGAACAAGAGGGACAAAGAGGUGACAGCCUUAACAUCUCAGACCGAGAUGCUCAGGGCCCAAGUAAGUGCACUGGAGGGCAAAUGCAGGUCAGGGGAGAAGAAGGUGGACACCCUCCAGAAAGAGAAGCGGCGCUUGGAGUUGGAGCUGGAGGCCGUGUCCCGGAAGACCCAUGAUGCCUCGGGCCAGCUGGUCCUCAUCAGCCAGGAGCUGCUCCGGAAGGAGCGGAGUCUGAAUGAACUGCGGGUAUUGCUGCUGGAGGCCAAUCGCCAUUCCCCGGGGCCUGAGAGGGACCUGAGCCGUGAGGUCCACAAGGCUGAGUGGCGGAUCAAGGAGCAGAAACUCAAGGAUGACAUCCGGGGCCUGCGGGAAAAGCUGACCGGGCUGGACAAAGAGAAGUCCCUGUCGGAUCAGAGGCGCUACUCCCUCAUCGACCCGUCCUCAUCCUCGGCACCGGAGCUCCUGCGGCUGCAGCACCAGCUGAUAAGCACGGAGGAUGCGCUGCGGGACGCGCUGGACCAGGCUCAGCAGGUGGAAAGGCUCGUGGAGGCCAUGAGGAGCUGCCCCGAUAAGUCCCAGGCCAUCGGCAAUUCCGGUUCUGCAAACGGCGUCCACCAGCAAGACAAGGCCCACAAACAAGAGGACAAGCACUGA